GAAACGGUACAAAGCGAGACGUUUCUUUUCGUGAUGCCGCGGCGAUGAAAGAGGACGGCGGCGAUCCAUCCCUGGCGAUGCCGUCAUCAGAUUCCCCGACACAACCGAAGCGAAUCCUCGACUCCCCCUCGGAGUCGCCGAAGCCGCAGAAGCUGCCGAGAUCCGUGGAAGAGGGUUGUGGAGAAGGACGCGAGGGGAUGAGCCAAAACCCUAGGCUCCAGAGGUACUUGGUGGCGGUGGAGUACAUCGGAACGCGGUUCUCGGGGUCCCAGAGGCAGCCCAACUGCAGAACCGUUGUUGGCGUUCUUGAGGAUGCAUUUCAUAAAUUUAUCGGACAGCCAGUUUCAAUAUCCUUCUCCAGUCGAACGGAUGCAGGAGUUCAUGCUCUAUCAAAUGUUUGCCAUGUUGAUGUUGAGCGCAUAAGUAAACGAAAGCCUGGGGAAGUGUUAACACCACAUGAACCAGGUGUUGUAAGACGUGCUGUUAAUCACUUUUUACAGAAAUGUGAAGGUGACAUAACAGUAAUUGAUGUUCGAUGUGUUCCAGCAGAUUUUCAUGCACGAUUCAAGGCCCUGGAGCGGACAUACCACUACCGCAUCCUCUCAGGGCCAGAGCCUUUGUCAACCUUCGAGAAAGACCGUGCUUGGCAUGUACCUGAGGAACUGGAUAUUCUUGCUAUGAAGAAAGCAUGUAGCAUUCUGAUGGGGUCUCAUGAUUUCAGCUCAUUUAGGGCCACUGGUUGCCAGGCAAAGUCUCCUAUCAAAACUUUGGACGAACUUAGUGUCGCAGAAGUUCUUCCAUCACUGUACUUCCCGUCAAUCAUGGAGAGGUCAGAGAUGGAAUCAUUAAAUGGUUCUCUUUCUUGUUCCAAGACAUCCGACCAUGAAUUACCUGCAAAUUAUUUGGACACCUCUCGCAUGAGCAUUCAGAAGAACGGUACUGAUUGCUGUCAAGGGUUUGGACAUAGAUCAAGGCAUCGUUGCUAUGUUAUAACAGCAAGAGCUCGUUCUUUUCUUUACCACCAGGUCAGGCUUAUGGUUGGUGGUCUAAAAUCUGUCGGGACUGGAGAGAUAACAGUCAGUGAUGUCGAAAGAAUUCUGAAUGCAAAAUCGGUGACUGCUGCAAGCCCCAUGGCUCCUGCCUGCGGUCUGUAUCUUGGCACUGUGAAGUAUGAUAUUCCAUAGAGUUUUGGAGACAGAACACCACCUCAGUCAAACUAUCAUAAAGAGCCUCAUGAUGGGUCAUAGGUGACAAACAUCAUAAUGUCUUGUGACAUCCGAUGGUGGUGAUAUGCCCAAUGAGUGGUAUGAGUAUGCAAUCAUCGUUGGCUUGUUAUAUCAGUUGCAUUUCAUUCUCUUAUCUUAUGACAAGUAGCAAUUCAAAUAAAAAUGUCAAAAUGACCACUAGUUUCAGAGCACCAAUAAAGUAGUACAAUAUAUUCUUUGGUCCUACUUAUCCUAUUCUUGGAUACCAUUAAUUUCCUAAAUUUUACGAACUUGAACUGCAGCAAUUGACAUAAAAAUUCUUGAUCUUUUGAUCGUAAUGUGUUGUGUUGGGUAAAAAAAUAUGGAUUUCAUCAGUCAAACAGAAAGCCAAUGAUGUCAGAAAUCCAUGCAAAAACAGAGAGGAAGGGAAGGAAAUGAUUGGAAGUCAAUGGAUAGCUGUUAAAACGCCCGCCAUUUUCGCAGGUCAAGCGAACAAAGAGAAAAGAAGGCACUGCAGUGCAUGGGAUAAAAGCACAUGUUCUUCAUCUUUUGGGACAGUGCCGUAUGAUUGACAUGAUGGCUUCAUGGAUUGACAUGGUUUCUUGCUACUGCUUUCUCUUUGCUUAGGUGUGGCACUCGGAUAUGUCACCAAGGUUCAUGAUGACCACUGGGGCCUUUUCUUCCCCUUGGCGUGCAUCACUUCAAGCCAUUUUGUCAAACACUUUAGACGUGAAUGAGUGAAUCGUCAAUUAUGAUGGCAUCUUAUAGUAAGAAUUGAUAUUUGUCUUGAACUAUUCAUUUACCAACCAAACAUUGCAAUUUAUCCUCAGUGGGCAAGUUUGGUUUGA